AUGGCGACUUUGGCCGCCUCGCCAGGAUCUCAAUCCCGACGUUAUGCUGACGAUGUCGGUAUUUUGGAAAAGUCGGCAAAUCUUCUUCCGAGUUUGAAGCUCGAAGAGCUGGUGACACUGAUACUGAUCGUCACCGCAGUUUUCUUCAAAAAUCUCUCCAUUGGAGUUGUGUUAGGCAUUGUGUUAUCUGUAUAUAUUGCUAUCGUCUACGGGGACUUCAUAUAUCGUUCCUAUUUGACACUGAAUCGCGACCUGAGUGGGCUGUAUCUGAUUUUAAAUAUUAAGUAUGAUCUGUGGAAGAAAUUGCGAGAAAACCGAGGGCUCCAUGAGAUCUUCCUUGAAGUCGUUAAAAAAAACCAUCACAAAACAGCAAUGAUAGACAUUGAAACUGGACGAUCGUUCACUUUCGCAGCUUUCAACAAGGAAUGCAAUCGAUAUGCAAAUUUCUUCCAGGGUCAAGGAUGUCGUGCUGGCGAUGUGGUGGCGCUUUUUAUGGAGAAUUCAGUGGAUUUUGUCGCAGCGUGGAUGGGAUUGGCGAAGAUCGGCGUGGCGACAGCAUGGAUCAACUGUAACCUCAAACGUGAACCACUUGCGCAUUGUAUUCAGACAAGCCGCGCCAAGGCCAUCAUCACCACCCGACUACUCAGACAUGCUCUGGAUGAAGCUAUAGAUUCCGAGCUCCUCUCUUCCGAUGGUAUGGAUCUUUAUGUCAUUGGAGAGGAAGAAGAUGGAAAUCGGUUCACGCUGCUUACUGAAAAAUUGCAAAGUCAACGAACAGUAGAACCAAGACGACUGGACGUUAUCGACUUCAAAAGCAUCCUUUGCUACAUCUAUACAAGCGGAACAACCGGACUCCCCAAAGCUGCCGUAAUGAAGCAUUUUAGAUACUAUUCCAUGGUGAUGGGCGCUGCAAAAUCAUUUGGUAUCUACCCUUCAGAUAGAAUUUAUGUCUCAAUGCCGAUUUAUCACACCGCUGCUGGGAUUCUUGUCUUAUCACGACUUGUCCAAGAUGAAAGUAUUAACCUGGUUUUUAACGCGCUGGAGCAACGAGUUUUUCGACUCCUCACAGGCGGGCUCCGAGCGGUUUUCUUGGCAAUUUGCCAAAGCUACGUAAAGUAA